CUCGGUGCAGGGAUAGCAGACACAGCAACAUGAAGACCCAACUUAGUACUCCUUGUACAACUUCCGUAUGUAUAGCUUUUCUGUUUGGAACAAUUGUCAAACUAAUUUCCAGCCAAGAAUGUCAAACCGUUAAUGCAGUACACGGAUAUCGUCUUGUUAACCAUGUCCUGAACACAGUUCAUGAUGUUACGUUUGAACGUUGUACAGUUCUCUGUACUGAACAUCCUGCCUGCUACAGUAUCAACCACUUUACUACAACCAGUACCUGCGAACUGAACAACAAAACAAAACUUUGGUUUCUAAGUGAUUUCAUUUCGAGUGACAGCGUCUUUUACAUGGAUAUGUUGGUACGGCAGUACGACAUUUGUGUCCACGACAAUCCUUGCCGUAACGAUGCCAAGUGUAUUCCGUACCCCAACAACGGAACCUUUCAUUGUCAAUGCAGCAAAUAUUACACUGGAAAAACUUGUGAGGAUCUUCGAAAAGGAGGAAACGUCAGUUGCUCCAAUCAGGUUCUAGACCUCUGUCAUUCGAAUAUGACCGCGUGGCAGGCUACAAUCCUAGGCCCUACUAGCCUCAAUCUCUCGGGUUGUAACCCCGAUGAUAUUACGAACACAGCAGAACUUCUUUUGUUCGUUAGUCGAGCAAGAACUGAUAGCCUGGGUGAUUAUGGUAAAUACCAAAUCGUCAAGGUCAAAGAGAACACAGGAUGCACCGUAACGCUGCUAGCACCGAUCAACAUCACACUCUCCGGUUCUCCAUGUGAACUAAUCGCUCAACGACUGCCAUAUUUUGACCACAUCUCUCUGACCCAGUCCUGUCAAGUGACUUGUCGUGCUCGGUCUGGAGAAGUGGGUGGUAUCCUAGCUCUGAGAGCAACCAAGUUAACAAUAGACAGCACAUCCAAGAUACAAGUCAAUGGGAAAGGUUUCCAUGGCGGUGCCGGAGGAAGCAGUUCUGGUGGCGGUGGAUUCGGAGGGGAAACAUUCGUAUGCUUAUCAUCCACGUACGGUAAAGGUGGAGAUGCUGGUCAAACAGGAGACCAUGGAGGAGGUUCAGGGGAAGAUUCUGGGUUUUAGAUUCAAGCCUAUGCAGGAGGUGGCGGAUCUUCUUACUGCCCUGGUCGAAAUGGAGGAAUUGGUGGUUCCACUGGAGGAAAUGCAGGAAAUUCUUUGAGGGGAGGAAUAGGAGGUAAGAAAUCAAGGAUCAAAUAAAUCCUCGAACUUCUUAGAAUCAGACGUAUUAGCCAUUCCGAGUACAUUCCGAAGUUAAGGGAAAAACUGGAUCGAGUUGGCAUUGCAGUG